AACUCAGAAACCAUGAACAAUAACCACAAAAUUAUCGCCCUUAUUGGGCUUCUUAUGCUCGAAAUGGUUCAAAACUCAGUCGCUUCUGUUGUUUCUACAGGGGACUUCAAUAAGGAUUUCUUUGUUAUGUGGUCUCCUAGCCAUGUAAACACUUCUUCUGAUGGUCAAACAAGAAGCUUGAAGCUUGACCAAGAAUCAGGUUCUGGUUUUUCUUCGAACCAGAUGUUUCUGUUUGGACAAAUUGACAUGCAAAUCAAACUAGUACCAGGUGAUUCGGCUGGCACUGUCGUGGCCUAUUAUCUGACAUCUGAUCAACCUAACCGUGACGAGCUAGAUUUUGAGUUCCUUGGCAAUGUGGAUGGAAAAGCAUAUAUCCUUCAAACAAAUGUUUUUGCUGAUGGCUUUGACAACCGUGAAGAAAGGAUUAAUCUAUGGUUUGAUCCAACAAAGGACUUCCACACGUAUUCGAUCUUGUGGAACCUUCGCCAAAUUGUGUUCAUGGUGGAUUGGAUUCCCAUAAGAGUGUACAGAAACCAUGCAGACAAGGGAGUUGGGUUUCCUAGGUGGCAACCUAUGAGCAUCAAAGUCAGCCUAUGGAAUGGUGACAGCUGGGCAACAAAUGGUGGCCGCGACAAAAUUGAUUGGUCCAAGGGCCCCUUCUUAGCUUCAUUUGGGAACUACAAGAUUGAUGCCUGUGUUUGGAAAGGAAAUGCAAGAUUUUGUAGGGCAGAUAGUUCUACCAAUUGGUGGAACAAGGAAAGGUAUAGUAGCUUAACAUCUACGCAGAGAAGGUAUUUCAAAUGGGUCAGAAAGUACCACUUGAUUUAUGAUUAUUGCCAAGAUAACCAGAGAUUCCAAACCAAACUUCCCAAGGAGUGUUCUCUUCCUAAGUAUUGACCAAAAAUGAGGCCAAGGCAAAGGCAUACUUCUAUUUGCAGCCUUUCCUACACGGCUUUUUUCUUGGCUGAUUGGCUUCGCUUAGCUACGUGAUGAACAUACUUCGAGCUUACUUCAUGUGGAGAGAUUUUCUAUUCUUUUACUUUAUUUCAUUUACUAACUUAAUAAUCA